AUGAAGGGCUCAGCUUUGUGGGUUUUAGUGGAAUGUGCCUGCAGAGUUCUUGGCAUCUCGACUGCUGCAGUGCUUUGUGCAGUGGGUAUAGAGACUCAGAGACAGGGGGAGUUCAACAGCUUGGCCAUCUAUCUACUGCUCUCCUCGGUGGUGAUCCUAAUUUUUGAAGUUGCCCAUUUCAUUGACACUCUGUUGGCAAUGUGCCUUCCUUGUCCACCCACAUGGAAGAUUUUCAUUCUUUGGAAGAAGAUGGCCAAAGUUGGGGGGUUUCAGAAGUUUCUAUACUACACAAUGAUGUCUUUGAUGUGUUUCCUGCAUCCAGUGCUUGUAUGGCAUGCUGUAAUACCAGGAAUUAUGCUGGUAGUGACUGGAUUCUUUAACUUCAUAUUAAGCAAAAAGAAAAAGUCAGAUCCGCCUAUAGAGUCCAGGGCAUCGUAUAGUGACCCUCUGUCUUCUGUCUGUGUCACAGACAGGGAGGAUGCUGAACACACAUUCUCUUUCUUCCACAUCAUUUCAGGCAAAAGAGCAUAUUUUUUUCCUAGCAAUAGCCAACUGCAUGGCCCCACAGACAGGGCUCAGUCAGUGAAGAAUGCCCAACACAUGAACAGACAAACAGACACAAGAAAUGUGCACUUCAUUGAGAGUCUCAGACAUAAUGACACUGAAAUAGAAGAAUACCAUGAAGUGGAACCAGAUGAGACCACGUCAGAUAAAGCACCAAUUAUUAGACUUUGCUUUUUAUUCCGGUCUGUAACCUUAAGCCUAGAUCUCCUGCAUCCAGUCUCCAUACGUCAAUACAAUUAAGAAAUUCCAUUCAUCAUACUGACCCAGAUUAGUGGGAUUUCAGCCUAAAGACUGGACAGCA